AUGAAUAAUUACACGACAACCUACACGCCUCUCGAAUCGCUGUUCCUGUUCCAAUUGCUCAACAAAUACGGCUUCAUCGAUACUUUCGACCGCAUCUCCAACGAGCUCAAGGAAACACCUCUGUUAGUAGAGCAAGAAACAUACGAUGCCCGGAGGUUGAGCCCUGGGUCUCUCCAGGAGCUUGCGCUACAGCUCUUGCGGGAUGAGCAGAGACGGGAGGCUGAAGCAGUGGCCGGAAAGAAUGCAAAUGGCCUGUCACCAAACUCGCUGAAGCGCAAACUUCCAAGUCCGCCCUUGCCGUCGCUCAAGGAAGCACACGAGCAACCCGAGAAGCUGCCAAUCCUGAUCGACAGACUUUACGGUCAAUUUCGGGAUAUUAUUGUCCGAGCUAUCCAAGAGGACGAGAGGCAAUUUGAAGCCGCACAGCGAGACAUUGGCGAGAUAGAGCGUGGUGAUUGGGAUACUAGGAUUGCUCAACAGAACCGGGCGAUCGCUGGCAAGAACGGAGCCCCUGUUGGUAACGGGCUGCCUCUACUGCCGCCGUCUGCUAGGCACAACGGUCAAAUCGCGCCGAUAUCAAUCCCAGUUCAAGCUUCUGCUCCUGCCCCAGGGCCGGCAACCCCCAAGGUUCAAGAUUCCGGGAGAAGGAUUGAACCGACACCAAAUCCCCAACCGCUUCCUGAGAAGAGACCGGCACAGCCAAGUCCUUCUGCUUUACCGCCUGCGGCUCGGCUCCCCAGCGAAACACCACAGCCUACACUAGAUGCAAGGCCUCAUGAGCCAGCCCGGGCCGCUAAUGGCACAACUCCCGUUCUCCAGCAUCCACAGGUUGCCCAGGGUUACAACUCACAUCCAGCAUCUACGUCUCCGCAGCCACCGGUGGCAGAAGGCUUGCAACGACCAGACACCUUGCCGAAAGGCAGAAGUCCAGGACCUGCUUUACCGAAUCCGUCCCAGAAUCACGCCUUGAAAUGGGAGCCUCCCAUCUCCUACAACAUCAACAACAACAACAACAACAACAACAUCAACCACCACACCAAAUACCACAUCAACCGCCACACCAAACACCACAUCAACCGCCGCACCAAAUACCACAUCAACCGCCGCACCAAAUACCACAUCAACCGCCACACCAAAUACCACACCAAACGCCUCAUCAAUCACACCAGACACCUCAUCAACCACAUCAGACGCCUCAUCAACAAUCUCAGCAGACACCACAUCAGACACCUGUGCCUUCGCCGCGUCCCCCUUAUGGUGUCGGAAGCACCAGACCUCCAUCCUACUCUCCCCAGCUUCCACCUGCUCAAGCUCAACAUCCUCAAGGCUAUGCUGGUGGUCGAUCAAGCCCGGGACAAUUUACCCAGCAGCCCCGGUUUCCCGUACAAGCGACUGGCCAUUCAUCUCCCUCGGUGCUAUUACCACCGCAGAAUGCAGGCCAAAUCCCACCCUCACUCCAGUCCUUGCCUGUGA